AGGUUAGGCACUAGAUGAAGAUGAAAAUAACAUAGGACACGUGAAGCAGGGCAUGAUAAUCAGGACCACACCCACGACCAUAUCCACGACGACGAUGAUCCUUAGGACGAUAUUUUUGACGACAAUUCUAUUCAAAGCAGCAAGGUGUAGCACCCGAUCACAUCAGAUAGACCUAGGAGACGAGUAUUCCGACCUUGAAGACCUACACAGAAGCCUUAGUGAAACCCUAUCAGAGAUGCAAAGUACCCUCUACGAAAUAAAAAACAGCGACCACUCCACCAUUAUUAAUCAGAUGAACAGUGAAGUAAGAUCCCUUACAAUAAAGGUAAACGACCUUCAAAGCGCCAAAGAAUCGUUAGAGAGCAAAGUAAGCUCGUUGGAAGCGGAGAUGGACUGCGUCAUGGGCCGAAGAGAGAGUUGCAGCCCUUCCACAUGUAUGAAUGGGGGUUCCCUCAUAUCAGAAGGAGAGUGCCUGUGCCGGCAAGGCUUCACGGGUGAUCACUGUGAAACAGAUGUUAACGAGUGUGAAAGUAGCAGCCCCUGCUUAAACGGUGGGCGUUGUAAGAACACAUAUGGGUCCUACAAGUGUAACUGCCCGAUAGACUACUACGGAGCGAGAUGUGAGCAACUUCACGACGACUGUAGUCCCAAUCCGUGUGGAAAUGGUCUGUGUUUUUCACCAGGUCGGAGAGCAGAAGGAGUGCCCCACUUCCAGUGCAUCUGCAACGCAGGUUGGGAGUUCCCUGAAGACGACUACUCUUGCUCCAAGGACAUAAACGAAUGCGAAGAGAUCCACCUGUAUUGUGACGAGAUGGCGACGGACUGUGAUAACACUCAGGGCUCGUACGAAUGCACGUGUCCGUCAGGAUAUUUCGGGUCUGGUAAGAUGAGAGAAGGAGGUUGUAUAGAGAUAGCAGACUGCUCCUCUGAUCCUUGUUAUAACGGCCAGUGUGUGGACCUUAAUAUCGGGUACACUUGUGAGUGUGAGGAGGGCUGGACCGGUCCAACAUGUGGAACCCGAGCCACGGGCUGGUGCUCGAAACAACCCUGCAGAAACGGGGCUCGUUGUGAGGAACACCAGGGACUAUCUACAGGCCCCUACAGAUGUCACUGCAUGCCAGGUUUCAAAGGACAGUACUGUGAAGAGGAAGCAGUGUGUGACAGAGUGACCUGCCUCAACGGAGGAACUUGUGAUUCGGGUGAUGGGAGGACCUACACUUGCCAAUGUAGAGACGGUUUUGCUGGCACUCAUUGCGAGGGUUUAGCAGAGGCAUGUGAGGGUCACGUGUGCCAGAAUGGAGCAGACUGCCUCCCCACAAAUAACGAACAAGGCUACAGAUGCAAGUGUAUGGAGAGUUUCGAGGGCCAGUUUUGUGAAGACCAGAUAUUAUACGAGCUAACAACUUGCGGAGUACAGGGUCCGACAGGUCCUGACGACGAGGCCUGCUCCUCUCACUACGGCAUCACACUCUCACAACAGCUGCAAGUCAACGUGGUGUCUGGGAUCCAGAGUGUGUUCAUCGCUGAGAGUGGCGUCUACCAGAUAACAGCCAGAGGAGCGAGCGGGGGGAGCAGCUGGGGAUUCAAUCAACUCGGGGGCUAUCCUGCCAUUAUCAGGGGAAACUUCCGACUAGGACCCGGCUUUAUUAAGGUAGCAGUAGGCCAGCAAGGAGAAUGUUAUAAGUUUAACGAUCUGAACGGGAAGAAGAGUAAAAGUGUUGUUUGCGGAGGAGGCGGCGGGACGUUUGUUGUGAGCGACAAUGAGCCCCUGCUCAUAGCGGGAGGUGGCGGCGGUGCCGGAGACAACGGACCCGGUAUCAAUGCCAGCAAGACGAUAGAAGGUACGUAUCACAUGCCGAACAGCAACGUAUUUGGAGGACGACUUGGAGACGGAGGAAAGUCUUGUCCUAAUUUUGGAGGAGCCGGAGGAGCUGGCUUUGUGACAAACGGAGAAGAUGGAUUCAGCAGUGGUCAACAGAUACAAGGAACUGGAGGACGCUCGUGGCCAGAUUUGCGUGGCGGUGAAGGCACAGAUGCAGCAAACAUUCACAACCACGGACGAUCAGCGUUUGGAGGGUUUGGCGGCGGAGGUCGCGGAACCUGGUGUCCAGGCGGCGGUGGCGGCUAUUCAGGCGGCGCCGGAAAAUGUUCAAGGACUGGAAAAGGAACGGCCCACAAGGGCGGAGGAGGAGGUGGAUCGCUCGUCCACUCCGACGCUAUUUCCCGAGACAUUACAAUUGCAAACAUACCCGGGCCGGGUGAAGUCAAAAUAGUGCGGUUAAGCGAGCAAUGAAGCUGCGCCCACUCUGCCCCACAGAAAGAUUAUUUGUUGCCGGCAAUGAAUAUCAAGACAAAAGAAACCUCAUCAUCCAGCUCUAACAACCAGGCUAACACCCGGAUAUCCAGUAUUAAGUGAAACGUUUUGCCACAGAGUUUGAUCCUCUAAUCGUAUUGGUGACAAAAAAGCGAAUCCGGCUGUGUCACGUGAUAAAAUGGUGCGUAAGAAAGUAAGAAAAGUUAUUUUGCCAAAUCUAGAGAUUGAAUGAUUUCCUGUUUUUUACGACAAUUAUGAAAAUUUAAUUUUGCGUCGAUGAGAUUGAGUCAGAACUCAGAACCAUAGGAUUCCCGUCUAAUAAAUAUAGUAUUAUUUUGAAACUAAUUCAUUAGAUUUCGAGAUUGGUCGUUAAAUGUAAUGAUUGUGUUAUCAAUGCAAGACACAUUUUUUAAUUAGGAAGAUUCUUGUAUGUGCUCAGAAUCUUAAAAAUACGUUAUUUUGCAAUUAAUAGGACUUAGGACGUAAAGAAAUGAUAAUUUAUGUUUAGAACACUUAUAUUUGCAGUGAUUUUGAACUUAACAAUUUCGUGAAUGGUGGUUGAUAAAACGAUUGCCAUAUGUUUUGACAUAUCGACAGCAUUAAAUAUAUUCUCGUGAAGAAGUUUAAAUAAUGAUUGUGAAUCUUUUAUUUGAAUUUUAUUUAAAAGAAACUU